GGGGCAUUCCUGGACAGAAAGCAAUGGGACCCUGAGUGUGUUCUGGACAGUCACUCCCUUUCCCAGCCUGUAUCUACCCAGUUUGGCUCCACGGAGGCCAUGGGUGACCAUGCUGAGAGCUUUGCUGAAGUGAAGGGUCUCCUCUCAUCCCUACAGCCAGUUUUCUUGCCAUUCCAGGUAGCUGGGUCCAUCAGAUGUGAAAUCAGGGUGUGAAAUCCCUGAUGGCUGUUCCUGUCCCAUCCUUCAGGUGUUUGGCAGGGACUGCUGGGAUGACUUGCUCCAUCGCUUUCCCAGGGUCAGAGGUGACAUUGAGCAGGCUGUAGUUCACCUCCUCAAGGCUGGCUGUGAGAUUUCCUUGUCCCACUCACCAGGAACCUCCUGAUUGCUACAACAUUCCAAAGACAUCAGAGAGGAACCUUGCCAGGGCAUCAUCCAUCUCCCUCAGCAUCCCUGAGUGCAUCCCACCUGCUCCUAUAGGCUUGUGUAUGUGUCCCCUAAUCUGUGUUCUUCCAGGAUGGAAAUGCCUCUCCACUGCUUGGAACAAGGAACUAGAAGUCUUCAGGGCCUCACUGGCCACCAAGAGCCUGGCUGCAGGAAGCCCCUGCUGCGUUGCCAGCACUCAAGGGCACUGCUUCCCAACAUGGCACCUCCUGGAAAUGUGUGCGGUGGGAGCAUCCAGGGCACUGUGAGUCACCUUCUGCUAGGGAACUUGAGUCUGUUUUGCCCCUGGCAACCUGCUGAGCUGAAUCAAUGCACUCUUUGAAAUCUGCUGCCCUUGACAGCUGAGAUCUCAAUAAAUUCUGGUUUCCUUCCUCAUUCCAGUUCCCCUCAGACCAUGUCCUGGCAGCCUUGGGGCUUUCCAGGAUGUGCAAGCUCAUGGAUAUCGAAACCUGCUACAGCCGCCAGUGCCUGGAUUUCCUGCGGGUUCAGGAAAGAUCUCAUGGAUGCCCUGUGUGGGAGAGCUCUGGCACUCUACAGGCUGCCCGCCGCUGCCAGAGCUUCUUUCAUUUUCACUUUUCUGCGCGCUUUUCUGUGCAGCUCCACCCGAGCUCCAGAAGCCCGUCCGUCGCGGAGGCUCCGGGUGUGUGUCCGCAGCAGCCUCGGGAAGGAGCCCAGCUGCCCGGGCGGGAGCGCAGAGCUCGGGAACCCCAGCGCAGAACCCGGGGCUGGCGGCUGGAAACUGCUCCGUGCUGCCGCGAGUGCUGAGGACGAGCUGCUGCUCUGGGCGCCGGGGACGAGCUGCUGCUGCCCCCUGUCCGCCGCAGAUGUCCCGGGAGCCGUGGCGGCAGCGCUGCGCCCCGCGGAUCCCGCGGGCCCGGGGCGGGCGGGCGCAGCGCGCCGUGUACCUGCUGCUGGGGCUCUGCGCCGCGGCUCUGCUCCUCGCCGGGCAGCCCCUGGUGCCCACCGCCCGCAGCCUCGCCUUCCACUUCGCCGCCCUGCAGAUCGGGGAGCUGCUCAAGGGCGUCUGCUACCUGGCCGAGGAGAUCUUCCACCUCGACUCCAGGCACCACAGCAGCUUCUGGAAGGCCCUGAGGACCUGCUUCCCCCCACACUGGCACGGGCCCAUGCUGCUCGUCUGUGGCUCAGCCUAUGUGGCUCUCCUCGGUGAUGGGCAGCAACUUGGCCUCCACCUCAUCCUGGCCAGUCUGUGCCAGCUCCUCAUCCUUGCCCUGGGGCUCCGGAAGCCCUCAGCAGUGGAGAUGUCUGAGAUGUCCGAGAGGUCCAAGCAGAACGUUGCUCAUGGGCUUGCCUGGUCCUUUUAUGUUGGGUACCUAAAAAUAGUCCUGCCACGGCUGAAAAAGUCCAUGGAGGAAUUCAGCAGAGCCAAUCCCAACCUGCCAGCCUGCAGGAAGACCUGGAAGCUCCACAUCCUGGUGCCUCUGAGCUGUGACAUCUAUGAUGACCUGGAGAAAGCUGACAGCAAUAUCCAGUACGUGACAGAGCUCACUGAAACCACCCUGGCCCGAGCUGGCAUCAAAAAGAGGGUCUACAAACACAGCCUCUAUGCAAUCACAGAUGAAGAAAACCAGCUCUGGCACUGUGCUGUGGAAUAUGCCACCCCGCUGCAGACCCUCUACGCCAUGUCCCAGGAUGAGUGUGCUGCCUUCAGCCGGGAGGAGCGCCUGGAGCAAGCCAAGCUUUUCUACAGGACCUUGGAGGAGAUCCUGAAAGGCUCCAAGGAGUGUGCAGAUACAUACAGGCUCAUUGCCUAUGAGGAGCCAGAAGAAGCAGAGCCCCACUUUUUGUCCAGAGAGAUCGUGUGGCACUUGCGGCAGGAGCAUCACGAGGAGAUCGCCGUGCUCGAGCAGAGCCACCCGCCCAGCCCAUCCACGGCCCUGGACUCGGCAGAGCUCAACCUGCAGAUCAGUGUGUCAGACCUGCCCCAGCCCCUGCGCACUGACGGCUUCUGACACAGCCCCUCACUGGCCCUUGGGGCUUGGGUCACCCUCCCCCAGCCCCCUUCCUCUUGGAGCACAUGCUAUCCAUGGCUGCAACCCCCAGCUCCCAUCCGAACCUCCUGUGCACCACGGUUACUGGAGCAGCUGACUCAGCCCACAGCCCUGUGACAUGCUUCCCAUUUUCUUUGUUAUGUACAGCUGCGAUGUUCUUCUGUGGGUGUAUUGGUUUUUUAUCUCUUUUAAUUUGUGUCACAUAAAGCACUUUCCUCUUUGUGACAA